CGGUGAGUAGUCAGAGGCGUAAUAAAUGCUCCGCCGAAGUCUCAAUGCACUAAUUAUUAUUAUUAAACCUCCCAUCUCAAAAUGAGUUGACGCUCGAUCCCCUUCAUAUCUCUUUCUAACACCACUCCACUUCUUUCGAUCAAAAUUCACUUCCUGACCGAACACUUGCUCUCACUCAAGCCCUUGCAUUCAAGCAGCAAAAAUGUCAACACCAAUAUUAUUAUCGCCCCCAACCCUCCAAACCGUUCCCAUCCCAACCCUCUCCCCACCCCGCUCAAUUUACCUAAUUCCCAAACUCCUCACACUCACCGAAUGCAACUCUAUAAUCGACACACACACGAACCUGAUCCCCUCAAACAUAACGCCAACCACCAUCCGCGACCGAGAGGUAUUCGCCGAUCCGGCGCUUGCGUCCCUGCUCUGGUCGCGGAUUGCAACUCUCUUCCAGGGGGAAAUAGGGAAGGUCGUUGAUAAGGAUGGAGAGGGUUGGACGGUACGAGGGCUAAACGAGACGUUUAGGUUGUGUCGGUACACGCUAGGAGGAAAAUUCUCCGCACAUACAGACGGCCGACGUCUCGAGUCUGUGAACGAGCAGGCGUUCAUGACCAUCAACAUCUACCUAGCCAGCGUCCCCUCGCCCAAUGGCGGUGCAACGCGCUUCCUAUCUCCAAACCACGAGGUGAUCGCCAGCGUCCAACCCGUGCUCGGCCAAGCACUCCUCUUCCGUGAUGAUGUGUGGCAUGAUGGCGGGGAGUUGAGGGAGGGAGUUAAGUAUCUGCUGCGGACGGAUGUGAUGUAUUGGAGGGAUGAAGAGUUUGAUUUUGAGAGGUUAUGUGAGGGUGAGGGGGGUGAUGAGAAGAGGGGAAGGAGGGCGUUGGCUAUCGCUGAGGGGUUGGAAGAUGCCGGAAAGGGGGAGGAGGCCGUGGUGUGGUAUAAGAAGGCUUUUCGUUUGUGGCCUGCUUUGGGGAGGUAGCUCAAGGAGGAAACAAAAUUUCAGCUGCUCAGGUCCAAAGAAAGAGUGAGCAAAUCUCAUGAAAAUAUUCCUUUAUAAUACUGCCUGUUUCACAUUUCGCCGCGAGAAAACUGCUUUAAUUACGCAAACAAAUGAAACAAAAAGACAGAGGAAACGAGUCCGACAAGCAUGUUAAGCAAAUUGUAUCCAAUCUUCCAAGAGGCGGAGGUGGAUGUGGAAGAAGAGGACGCGGAUGAGGAGGAAGAUGUUGACGAAGAUACCUAGUAUCGUUAGCUCUGAAGGAUCAUGAGACAAUGACAAGUAUCAGUCAGG